UCCUCUGGACCAAGAGGUGAUUAAGCCAAAUCCAAUGGAAAAUUACAAAUAUGACCCAGGUAAUACCUCCAAAAGCAUUAUUAGAUUUGGCACUACUUUCCAUCAUCGAAUUCGAACUACAAGGAUAUCAGUUGAAGUGAAGAUCUUUUACCUCUCUCUAGAUCCCCUUUUCAAGCUCGGCAUGGGAGCUCUCCUUAAGCUGGUUGACGCAAUACUCUUUAUUUUCUUCCUCUUAAUCGCGGUGGCCGCGCCGUUGAUUGACGCCCAGACUUGUCUUCCGCUCAGAUUUUUCCCACAAAUCCUCAUCGAUAUUAAGCAAUGGUACACCCGACAGUAUGGAGAUUAUCUAGUCUCGGAGAAGCCCCUUUUCUUUGUGGGCCUUGUUACCCUCGAACUUGUUUUUCAGUGGCCACUCGCCAUUCUUAACAUCUUUGCAAUUCUUACUUCUAAAUCUUGGUUAAACACCACGUGUUUGAUGUACGGCGCCUCUGUUGUCACUUCCAUGGCUGCUGUGUUGCCGGAGCUGUUCGGGUCAGGAAAGGCGUCCGAUGAACUGUUAAUGAUUUAUUUUCCGUUCAUGGGUCUGGGUGUUUUGGCCAUUCUACGUGGGCUGCUGGCCAAUCCGGCAAAAACGACGAUCGUGCACAUCGGCAAGAGACCUGCUUUGGGAAGGAAGAAGAAGGCUUGAGAUAGAUUUUAGUCUUUAUACAGAGUUGUCUAUUUCAAUUUUUUUUUUUUGGUGUUAACACCGCUUGUUUUGAUCAAUCAUGUUAGUGUUCUUUUUUUUUGCAUUUGGGAUUUAUACAAAUUUUGUUUGACUGAAAGAGGGUCGGAUGUGAAUGAAGAUUUUUCUUCGAUCCA